AUGAGGUUUCCUACCAUAACAGUGGAUAGAGAAAGAGACUUCAACACACACUUUGCAUUCCCUCGAGACAUAUAUCUCCUGAUGGCUCUUUCUCUGAUGAUUGUGAUGGUUAAGAAUUUGAUGAUUCUCCCUAUGGCGUCUACCUUAAUCAAGAGAUUUGGUAUGGAAAAGAGUUUAGAGUUUGAGAGAAAGAAGAAGUUCUCUAUUUCUCUUUGGAAGGCUUUGUUUUAUUCUUUCACAUCGAUUUAUGGAUACUUUGUAAUAAGGAGUGAACCAGAAGCUUACACCAUGGAAAACCUCAUAGGAACUUGGGGGAUUCACAGGACUCCUUCUAAAGUCUUAUUCUAUUAUUAUCUGGAGUUUACAUAUUACUUUGUUGAGCUAUUUUAUCUCUUUAGUGAGCAUAUGUAUAAAGACUUCCUGCAGAUGGUUGCUCACCACAUUGUGACUAUGCUUCUUCUGUUUCUGUCUUAUCACAAGGACCUGCUACGCCCGGGUGUUAUCAUCAUAGCUAUACAUGACAUAUCAGACCCAUUUUUAGAAAUCAGCAAACUUAUAAACUACAUUCGUUAUAAGCCUCUGGCCACAAACAUAUUCAUAUGCUUUGCCGGGGUCUUUUUUGUUUCUAGGAUAGGAAUCUACACACCUCUUAUUACAUUUCCUAUAUGCAUCACCAUAUGGGAACAUGAAUUUGGCCGAGUCCUGACCUUUAUCUCUGUGUUAUUACAAGGAUUGGUAUGCAUGCAUGUUAUAUGGUUCUGGAUAAUUCUAAAGAUGAUAAAGAAGAUUGUUCGCAAAGAAGAGUUUGAAGACAUUAGAUCUGUCAAGCCCCAGGGCUCUUCCAUUCAUAUCAAGUGCAAGUAA